GAGAGACCUGCCAGUUUUUUUGUUCCACCCGGGGAGUGUCCUGGCCAACCCUUUCGCCCAAGGCUUCGGCGCUACGCAUAUACAGUCACCGCGUGCAUGCAGUAUACAACAGAUGCCGCUAAUGCGCUUACGUGGGCAUAUUGUUCGUCUGUACGGAUGCCCACGCGAAGGGGAUUUCUGAUCGCCGCUGAUUUGUGGUACCGAAGGAAAAAGGGGCUCCCGUUUUGCCAGCAGGGCCGCCGUCGAAAGAUGGGUCCAUCUCAGGAGGGCCAAAAGAAGGAAAAUAAAUUCACCCCUACGAUUAUGUAUGCCUAUGUGCCUGCCUACCCUGACGCGUAUAUUAUCGCCCCCCCUCCACUGAAGAAGCAGCUUUUCCGCGCGUGAAUGCACCCUCUAACAAUCGCUACGAAGUUAUACAGAACUCCAAACAUAUGAAUAACCCAGGCAGCAACGUCAGUCACUUGGGCAGCAUCAAAAAUGAGGGGUACGAUGUCUUCGUUUUGCUCUUUACCUUUUUGUGUGGAUUUGUAAUUGGCCUUCUCUACAAGUACAUGAAUCAGAUGAAGCAGAAUGUCGUGCGGAUAAGGGAGGCGUGCGCGAACUUUGACGCGAUGUGCACGAGUGACUGCAAGAUGGUUUUCUGCGUCAGGACGGACAUCAAAAUGAACAAGGGGAAGAUCUGCUCCCAGUGCUGCCACGCCUGCCUAUCUGUUUACGAGAAAAUUAUGAAGAGAAAUAGCAGACUGAAGGCGAGCGAAAGUGGGAAAGGCACCCUCACCUACUUUGACCUUUGGAAAAAGACCGGGCAGAAAAAGAUUGUCCUGAAGAUAUCGAGCUUGGACGAGAUGUACGAAAUUGAAAGGAAGGCCAAAAUGGAAAACCUCAUAACGUCCAUAAUAAUCGACGCGGGCCGGACGCAAAUCGAGCCCAACACGGAAACGGUCAUCGCCAUCGAGCCGGUGCCCGACGAAGUUGUUAACAAGAUAACGGGGCAGCUGAAGCUGCUGUAA